AUGAAUAGAAAUUUUAUCAACUUAAGAGUGUAAAAUAAAAUUGAAUUUGAUGCAAUCAUCACAUAAUUGGAUAAUGGAUCUCCUUUAUCAUAUAAUUAGGUUAAGAAAUUUUCAGGAAUAAAGAAUCUUGAUCUUUUUGAAAAAGAUGAUAAAUAUGAAACUCCUAAAUAAUCAUCUAAUUCCCUAAUAGAUGAGGAUUCUAAUAUCAAAGGGAAGAUUAAGGAAUGUUGA